AAGCUAACGCCUGUGCACAUGCGCACUGGCACGCUAUACAACUGCAAUAAGCAAACAUGGCGGCGGCCGUCGACAGUUCUGUGAAAGUGCUUGGAGAGCAGUAUUACAGAGAUGCCAUGGAGCAGUGCCAUAGCUACAACGCUCGUCUGUGUGCUGAGCGCAGCAUCCUCAUGCCUUUCCUGGACUCCCAGACAGGUGUAGCCCAGUCCAACUGUUACAUCUGGAUGGAGAAGAGACAUCGGAGUGCAGGUGUAGCUCCAGGGCAGCUGUACACUUACCCAGCCCGUCGCUGGAGGAAGAAACGGCGUUCUCAUCCGCCUGAGGAUCCCCGUUUGGCUUUCCCUCCUCUCAAAGCAGCUGAUUUGGAGAUGGGACUGAAACGUGAUGCCUUAGGGGCCGUGGAUGGCAGCAGUCUGGAGGCCCUGCUGAAGGGGGAGCCCCUCGACAGGAGGAGUGGCAUGUCUGACCUCCGUGGCCCUGAGGAGGACACAGCCACUGUCGAGCCCCCUGCCACAUCAGCGGCCACUCACACAUCAUCUGGGCGUGUCCGCAAGAGAGUCCUGGACCACGAUGACUACUUGGAUGACUUGGAUGAUGAAGACUUUGAGGAUGAGACCCCCAAGAGACGAGGCAAGAGCAAAUCCAAGGGUCGCAGUGACAAGAAUGGCAAGAAGAAAACGGAGGCAGCAGCUGCAGCAUUGGAGGACAGGGACAAACCCUAUGCCUGCGACAUCUGUGGGAAGCGCUACAAGAACCGUCCUGGCCUGAGCUACCACUAUACACACUCUCACCUGGCGGAGGAGGAGGGCGAGGACCGCGAGGAGAUCGAGGCACCACCCACUCCUCGCCAGCCUGAGGAGCAGAAGACUGCUAAGAAGGGGCCCAAUGGGCUGGCGCUGCCCAACGACUACUGUGACUUCUGUCUGGGAGACUCCACCUUAAACCAGAAGACCGGCCAAUCAGAAGAGCUGGUGUCCUGCUCAGACUGUGGACGCUCGGGUCACCCAACAUGUCUGCAGUUCACACCAGUGAUGAUGGCUGCAGUGAAGACCUAUCGCUGGCAGUGCAUUGAGUGCAAGUGUUGCAACGUUUGUGGCACCUCAGAGAAUGAUGACCAGCUGCUGUUCUGUGAUGACUGUGACCGAGGCUACCAUAUGUAUUGUCUAACUCCCCCCAUGACAGAACCUCCAGAGGGGAGCUGGAGCUGUCACCUGUGCUUGGCUCUGCUGAAAGACAAAGCAUCCAUAUACCAGCAGAACCAGAGCACUGCCCCUGAGUGACACAGCAGCAAGUCCUG